AGCAGUGCUAACCACUGAGGCACUAUGCCACUCCAGCGGAAAUGUGUCUUUUGUAGAAAGAGAGUUAAGAAGACUUUGGGUGCUUGCAUUCAGUGUUCAUAUGGACGUUGCCCAACAUCCUUCCAUGUAACUUGUGCCCAUGCAGCUGGAGUCAUAAUGGAACCAGAUGACUGGCCAUAUGUAGUCCUCAUCACAUGCUUCAGACACAAGACAAAUCUAAGUGUAAAAAGCAAAACUUUAUUUCAAGACUUAACAGUUGGGCAGACAGUCAUCUCUAAACACAAGAAUGGGCGUUACUAUAGUUGCAGAGUGACUGGGAUUUCGUCACAGACCUUCUAUCAAGUUAUAUUUGAUGAUGGUUCCUUCAGUGAUGAUCUGUACCCAGAAGACAUUGCUAGCAAAAAUUGCUUAGAGCUUGGUCCUCCAGCAGAGGGAGAAGUUAUCCAGGUGAGAUGGACUGAUGGACUGCUCUAUGGAGCCAAAUUUGUAGCAUCAAACAUUAUUUACAUGUACCAGGUUGAGUUUGAAGAUGGUUCCCAACUUGUAGUAAAACGUGAUGAUGUUUAUACACUAGAUGAAGAGCUACCAAAACGGGUCAAAUCUCGACUUUCUUCAGCAUCAGACAUGCGCUAUGAAGCUACAUUUUCCACAGAGAACGUUCAGGCGAAGAAGCGCCCAAGGGUCCUGAAUUCCAAAUUCAUGAAUGAAUAUGUGGACGAUCCUGGUUAUCGUACCUUCUUGGGAAACUUCUUCCAAACACAUUGCCAUCAAGGACAAUAAAAUCAUGCUGACAGCCAAAAAGAGAGCUAUUUUGAUCAGGACAUUGAAUGAAAAGCCUGACAGAUCUUUUGGAUACAGUAAUGUGCAGCAUAUUGGAUUGUAAUACAAAUUUUAAGUGAAAGUUGAGGAAUUGAAGUUAAUCCAUUUCUAUCAUAUAAUGGACGUAAGGCCUCCCUCCAUCCCCAUCCCCAUCCCCCACUCUCUUUUGAAGAACAUAAAGGGACGAAGAAAUAUCUGGAAAUUUCUUCUCAGAACAAGAACUUUUACUAAUAUGAAUGAUUUUUCAUGUGUCUCAAAAAUAGGUUCCUAUUUUGGGCCUACAUAAAAAAAGAAUAACAUGCUUAUGUGUACUAAAAUAUUUUUUAUAUUAUUAUUGCUACGGUUUCCAGUAGCAUUUGUUGUGUUUGUUUUUAGCCUUUUAAUUUUAUUGACACUGUUACAGAAUCCCUCUUACUCAGUUCUUUCGCUUUUAUUCAGCUGAACUUUGCAAAAGAGAAAGAAAGCAUCCAUUGCUACCUGAUGGCAGGGUUUUUUUAUAUAUUUAAUAAAAGACAGAUAGGUGACAGAUAGUUUGCAAACAAGUACGUUAUGUUAUUUGGUACUCAUCAGUUAUAAAAGAACCGCUUGAGGGUUUUUAAAUUAUCAGGAAUUCUGUUCUAUUCUGUAAAACUAAGUAUCCGUUUUCUCAAUGAGGUAGAACACAUAAGAAUCCAGCAGCAUUUUUGAAGUAGACAUUAAGGGUGUUUAGUAAGAAUCCUUUGUCUCACUUAAUCCUUUCCCUUUACCAUUUAGGUGAGCAAGUUGAUACAGAGUAUGGGUCAUCCCCACUCAGGAUAAAGGGUUUAUACUUGAGCGAUUAGCUAUAGCAAAGGUGUGUGAAGUUCAAAUCAUUUGAAGUGCUCUUUAAAACCAGGAACCACAGCUCCUGUAUUAUAGCUGUUUGGUGUAAUUGUUACCUUAUGGUUAUUUAAUGUGAUUUUCCUCUUUAAAUACACUAAAGUUUAUGAAUGGGCAGAGUAGAAUAAAACCGCCAGCAUUGAUUAUCUUCUGGUCUUUUGAAUUCUUCAGUUCUACAGAAUUUUUUUGUUCAGUAGUACUGCAGCAGAAAAGGUUUGUUUGUCUGUGACUGCAUUUGCACCUUUUGAUAAGAGAAUGCAUGUGGCUUUCUAUAACUCGUAGUAUGUGAUCUGAAUUGCUCUCUUGGCACACAUCAAGCAUGUUUUGCCUUAAGGAAUUAAAAUAAAUUGCAGUGUGUUUCACACCGUUUUGCA